AUGACAAGGAAAUCUGACCUCACCUGUACACUGCACUUUCAGUUGGCUUUUAUUAUACCAUCUUUGUUUGUAUUUUUGGGAGGCCUGUUUACCAUUCUGGCUUUCAGGUUGGCUAGAUACACUUAUGGAUUUGUCCUUGAGCAAAUCUGGAGGAAAAAGGUAAAGGGCAAAGAUGUCUGGUGGCCACGUAAAAGGAAACAGAGUUCAGUCUACUGGAUAAGAGUCUUCUUUACCCAGGUGGAAAUGAUGCUAUCAGCUCAAACAUCUAUGGGGUGUGUAUUGGUGAUACUGGUGUUUCUUCUGAAUAUUGGCUCACUCAUCAUUUAUUUUGUCAAUCUUGCUGAAGCAGAAGGAUACAAGAUCUCCUUUCCAGACAGCAUCAUUUAUGUAGAUACAGGCUUCAAUGCUUUCUUCCUCUUUUACUUUGGAUUGCGGUUUGUGGCAGCAGAUGACAAGCUGAGGUUCUGGCUUGAGCUGAAUUCUCUUGUGGAUUUCUUCACGAUCCCUCCAGUUUUUGUUUCCUAUUAUUUAGACAGAAAUUGGCUUGGUUUGCGUUUUUUGAGAGCACUUAGGUUGUUUGAACUUCCCCGAAUACUACAGUUCCUGAGGGUCACAAAGAACAAUUACUCAAUCAAGCUCUCCAAACUCUUUGCUGUAUUUAUUGGUACCUGGCUCACAGCUGCAGGAUUUAUUCACUUGGUAGAAAACAAUGGAGAUCCUUGGGUCCAGCCUGCAAAUUCACAGUCCAUCAGCUAUUUCAAGUGCAUGUACCUAGUAAUGGUGACAAUGUCCACUGUUGGUUAUGGUGAUGUUGUAGUUCAAACAGCCUUGGGUAGAACCUUCAUUAUUUUCUUCAUUAUUGGUGGCUUGGUCCUGUUUGCAAACAUUAUUCCUGAAGUUGUGGAAAUUGUUGAAAGCCAUAAAAGUUACAAAUCUUCCUAUGAAGUGGUGAGUGGGAAAAACUAUAUCGUUGUCUGUGGUAAUAUCACUCUGGAGAGCGUUACUACUUUCCUACAAGACUUUUUGCUUCAGGACAUGGGAAAUGUUUGCACAGAAAUCCUUUUUCUGGGAGAGUCUCUUCCUAGUCUUGAGCUGGAAGCUGUGUUCAAAUGCUAUUCAGCCUACACAACUUUCUUUUAUGGCUCUGCACUGAACUCUGGAGAUCUGAAGAGAGUUGGGAUGGAGUCUGCAAAUGCUUGUCUCAUUCUAGCAGAUGUUUGCUCUCCACAGCCCUAUACUGAAGAUACUUGUAAUAUCAUGAGAGUGCUGUCAAUCAAGAAUAACUACCCCAACACCAGAGUCAUUUUACAGAUAAUUCAGUCUCAUAACAAGGUUCACCUGCCAAACAUACCCAACUGGGACUGGAGGAGGGGAGACAAUAUCAUCUGUCUUGCUGAACUGAAGUUAGGCUUUAUAGCACAAAGCUGCCUAGUUCCUGGUUUGUCUACUCUCCUAACCAGUUUGUUCAUUGGGAAAGAGAACACUCAGACAAAGAGAAAACAUCUGAAGGACAAGAUGCUUCUGGGAGACAAAGACUACAAAGUAAUGACUUUUCAGCUCUCCAACGAUUUUGCAGACAUGACUUUUAUAGAGGUUUGUCGGUUGUGCUUUGUAAAACUAAAUCUUGUCCUCUUGGGAAUUGAACUCAAAUUUGGCAGUCGAGGAGAGAGCACUAUCCUGAUCAAUCCGUCUGCACGGAUAAAACUUCAUCGGAAUACCAUGGGCUUUUUUAUUGCUCAUUCCCUUGCAGAAGUCAAAAAGGCACAGUUCUAUUGCAAAGCCUGUCACAGUGAUGUACAAGAUCCAGAGCAGAUUAAAAAAUGUCAUUGUAAAAGAAGACUUCACUCCAGAUCUUUCUCAGAGAUACUGAAAUUACGUAGCGAAUCGCUUGUUUCACAUGGAGAGCCUGCAAAGUCAAGGUCCCUUAUCGUCCUUCCACCUCAGAGAUUUGUUGAUGGGGACACACAUUCACCGUGCAAAGAGAACAGCAGAGUCAUCUUAGAUCCAACAGGAAGGUUCUACUGGUGUGAUGCUGUUCCGCUGCAGGAGGCUCUUCUGAGUUGCAAGGACCAAGCAGCACUGAACCUGCAGGAUCACAUUUUGGUCUGUGUCUUUGGUAAUGCAAACUCACCACUGAUUGGGCUGCAGGACUUUGUGAUGCCCUUAAGAGCUAGUAACUUCAUUUACCAUGAGCUGAAAGAUAUUGUUUUUCUUGGGUCUUUGGAAUAUCUGCAAAGAGAAUGGAAAUUUAUUCAGAAUUUCCCAAAGCUGUGGUUAUUCUCGGGUAGUGCUCUCUGCUGUGCAGAUCUGAGGGCAGUUAAUGUCCGGGAUUGCUCUGCUUGUGCCAUUCUGUCUUCCAAUACCACCGCUUCAAGCAAUCCUUCCCUGGUGGACACGGAAAGCAUCCUAGCCACUCUGAACAUCCGAUCCAUGCAGGAUAAGCCCAGCUCAGCCUCACAAGAUGCUGUUUUCAGAGGAAGAGCAUUGGGGAAUCAAUCAGAGCCAUGUUAUAAAAGGAUCCCCAUCACUACAGAGCUGAAGUCUUCACCAAAUGCCCAGUUCAUUAAUCAGGCUCCCAGCGGCAAUUCCGCAAUUCCAGAGCAAGAUCAGCUUUCCACCACUGCUGCCCCUGCAGGAGCUAUCUUCUCAGAUAGCUUCUUGAAUUCUCUUUUGUCUAUGACCUACUACAACCAUCACAUCUUGGCUCUGCUGCAGACUUUGGUGACAAGUGGGACAAGCCCAGCACUGGAGGAACAGCUGUUGGAAAUGGACAGUAGACUGAGCAGAAGUCCUGAUGACAUGGUCCAAAAUGCCUCCCAACUCCGAUGCAAACUGGCACUCCUGCCACUGUCUGAGAGGUUGUUAAUGGGUGUCAUGGAGGACUCCUUUGGAGACGUUUACUGCAAAGCUUUAGACUUGUUUGGGAUACUCUGCUUUGGGCUCUACCGGCUGAUGGAAGAGCCCAAUCCGUACAAGAACAGGUUUGUCAUUGCUCGGCCUGCCAGUGAUUUGAAGAUGUUGCCUACAGAUCUACUUUUCUGUCUUGUUCCAUUCAACAUUGCAACAACUGAUGGCCAGAGAGGGGAAAUGGAGAGUCGGUUAUGA